AUGAGCAGAGCUUCGCCGCUAGUGGGAUCCGAGUGUCGUCGGGAAGGAGACGACGAAAUGUGUGUGAUGGCUAGGACUCGGAACGAAGGUUGGCUCGAAGCUCGAAAGGGUAAGAUGGAGGCCGGGCCAAAGCAGGCGAAGCGGUGCGAAGCCAAAGGAUCACGAAGCCGAUACGGGGUUUGUUGGAUGGUGAGGAUGGCCAAUACGAUGGAGCGUCGUGUUUGCCAGUCCGGGGGUCGAGGAGAAAGGCAAGGACAAAAGGCAAUGGAGACGGCGAAGGCAAGUGCGAAGGCGAAGGAAAGAGGAGCAAAGCGCAAGCCAGAAGGUGGAUCGCUCAACGGCUUCUCGCUCUGA